CUCCAAACAAGGGCUUAUUAAACGUGGAGUAAAUUGUGGACAAGUUACAUGUUUCUGAAAAAGAAAGUAUACAUGUAUUCAGCAAUACAAUGUAUCAACGGCCAUCUGAAAUCCGAUUUAGUCACGACUCUAUUGGGCGUACCUUUGGCCGUUACACUCCUCAUCCAUACAAACCGAUUGGUGAAACACUGGAUGAUAUUCUCACUGGAAAAAUCAACGUUAACUCCAUUCCCACUAUUUCUGUGUACAAAAAAGAUGGACAGUGGUUCACCGCUAACAACAGAAGAUUAUGGGUGCUUCAAGAAGUAGAGAAACGAGGAAAGUGUUGUGAAAUCUAUGUUAGUGAGACAACGUUUGUUAAUUUGAGAAUCUUUACUACCACAAACAAUGGCGUUUCCGUUCUGGUCCGAGGAAAUCCGGGUGGUUAUUUUUGGCAAACCAUGCCAAUUAAGACGAUGCAGUCAAAUGAACCCCUUGCGUCUGUGCCACCAACAAAACUCACCGAUCUACCAAGUUCUUUUCAUUGCCAAAGGUAUUCCGAGGAGAUAGAUAAUGAUGAGAUAUGUGCAAAGACCAGUGUACGCCUUGAUUCCAAAACCGUUAAUGUUGAUGAUAAUGUUGAUAAUAUUGAUGUUGAUGAUGAUUUUUCUUCCAGUUUGGAAGCCUCGCAACAGAAUGACAUAGUGUGGGCUUUUUGUCAUCAAUAUGGUACAGCUGAACCAAAAGAGAAUGAAAUUAUAGGCGAAACAACGAUAGAGAAAGUUAUAGAAAAAACAAAAAAGACAGAUAUUGAAUUGGCUGUUAUGAAUGGGCCUAACAUUUCUGGAAUUCACGAAAAUAAUACUCUGUUGAGACCGAACGCAGGGGCAUCUAGACAAUUGGAGAAUAGAAACAUUGCAAUGACUAUACUUACCAUAAUCUAUGGUCGCCCUUACGAAUUACCUAUUGCUAGAUCAUUUCAUUACUGGGCUUGCUUUGGAUUUAUCUUGAUUAUUUUUUUCAUUGUUUUGUGGACAUUAAUUAUAUGCCAAACGGCAACUUAAAAGAAAUAUGUAGUCAACAAAAGAAAAAAAUCAUCGUACUAGCAUGCUUUUUUGUAAGUUUGUUGCACAGAGCUGUGAAAUAUCUUGAUGUGUUGUUAUACAUUCAUAACAUAUUACAUUACAGAGAAUAAAAAACAAAUAUAAACGCAAAGAUAUAUUAUAGUCUGUCCCAAGAUAUUUAUGCAGCACAUUUGGACGAUUUUUAAUAAAAAUACACAUACCUGUGAAAGAGGUGCAUUUAAAAUAGUUGAAAGGGAUAAUUUCCAAGAUAAUUCCAUUGACACAUUGUCAUCUAUCACUCGGAAAAUUCACAGGAACAAAAACAGAUUCCUUACGGAGAUAUAUAAUGGGGAAUGUUUACAUCUUUUCUCCAUUCGGAAUACAUCGUGCAAUUUUUCAACGUUAUCAUCCGGUCUUGCUGCAAUACAAAAUCCCCGUAGACACCAUAUUUUUUAGCAUUGUAUUGAAACCUGAUAAGCUAACAAGGGCGUUUCGACUGAGAAGUCUUGGACAAUUUUCAUACUUUUGAAUGAACAUCGUUUGGACCCUAGGGUAUUUCUAAAUAUCAAGCAAUUAAGCAGAAUCUAUAUUCAGGAUAUCUCGGGACAGACUAUAGCACAAUGUAAAAUUUACUACUACAUGUAUGUCAGACCUGGGGUAAUGGUAAUUUGUA